UCCCCAAAGCUCAAACUGAAGAGCUUCAUACUCUGGCUUAUUGGCCCUUUCAUAGUCUCGUGAAUUUUGAGGACGUAUUUUUUCCCGCCUAAAAUGGCAGCGACGCCUCUUCCUCCUCCAAAUUUAGCGGCGCCACCUACCAAUAUGGAGGCGAACCAGAGCCUUCCUCCACCUCCAGGCACUGACAUGACCGGAAUCUGUUUCAGAGAUCAGCUAUGGCUCAAUACCUAUCCUCUUGACAGGAACUUAGUGUUUGAUUACUUUGCGUUGUCUCCAUUUUAUGACUGGACCUGCAACAACGAGCAAUUGCGCAUGAGAUCCAUUCAUCCACUCGAUAUCUCUCAGCUCUCGAAAAUGACAGGGAUCGAGUACAUGCUUAAUGAAGUUAUGGAGCCUCACCUCUUUGUGUUUCGUAAGCAAAAGAGAGAUGGGCCUGAGAAAGUGACCCCAAUGCUAACAUAUUACAUCUUAGAUGGUUCAAUUUACCAAGCUCCACAGCUCUCUAAUGUCUUCGCAUCUCGAAUUGCACGUGCGCUUCAUCACAUAUCGAAAGCUUUUACAAUGGCUGCCUCCAAAUUAGAGAAGAUUGGAUAUGUUGACACAGAAAAUGAAAGUGCUAGCUUAGAAGUAAAAACAGGGAAAGAGGCUAUAGACUUGAAGGAACUCAAACGUGUUGACCAUAUACUCGCAUCCCUACAGAAAAAGCUUCCACCUGCGCCGCCGCCACCACCAUUUCCCGAAGGUUAUGUUCCCCCAACAUUGUCGUCCAUUGAUGCAGCUGAUAAAGUCAUGGAUGCAGAACAAAAGCCCCUUGAUCCUGUAAUCGACCAAGGGCCCCCUAAAAGACCUAGAUUAGAUAGAUAGCAACAUACCCAUCUCUCUCUUUCCCUCUCUUUUGUAAUGUCUCAUUUGUUUAUAUUCUGGCAUGGGCAAUGAUCCAUGAACUUCCUCUCUCAUUUGUUUAUAUUCUGGCAUGGGCAAUGAUCCAUGAACUUCA